AUGUCGACGUUCGAGCAACAGAUUGUCAUCGAUGGCAAGGGACAUUUGCUUGGUCGGCUGGCAAGCACUGUUGCUAAGCAGCUUUUGAACGGCCAAAAGAUUGUUGUUGUGCGAUGCGAGGCCCUCAACAUCUCUGGAGAGUUCUUCCGUGCGAAGCUAAAGUACCAUGCCUACCUCCGAAAGAUGACCCGAUACAACCCAACCCGAGGAGGUCCUUUCCAUUUCCGUGCCCCAUCACGCAUUUUCUACAAGACCGUCCGUGGUAUGAUCCCACACAAGACCGCCCGUGGCGCCGCUGCUAUGGAGAGACUCAAGGUCUUUGAGGGUGUCCCACCACCAUAUGACCACGUCAAGAGAGUUGUCGUUCCACAAGCUUUGAGAGUCCUCAGAUUGAAGCCUGGACGUAAAUACUGCACAGUCGGUCGUUUGAGCCACGAGGUCGGAUGGAAAUACCAGGAUGUUGUUGCCAGACUCGAGGAGAGAAGAAAGGUCAAGGGAGCUGCAUACUACGCCCGCAAGAAGGCUGCACGAAGACAACUUUCAGAUGCCACGAAGAGCGCGAAGGUCGACGAGAAGACCAAGGAGCAGUUGGCUGGUUACGGCUACUAG